AGAAGGCCCCGCUUCCUAGAGCCCGCGCGGUGCCGCGCAACGCCCGCUGGGAACCGGCCCGAGCCGCCAAGAUGUCGCAGCCCAAGAAAAGAAAGCUUGAGUCGGGGGGCGGCGGCGGAGGAGGGGAGGGAACUGAAGAGGAAGAUGGCGGAGAGCAGGAGGCGGCCGUGCCGCGACCCUGGAGGACCAGAAGGGAGCGGGACCGGCUGUACUACGAGUGCUACUCGGACGUCUCGGUCCACGAGGAGAUGAUUGCGGACCGCGUCCGCACCGAUGCCUACCGUCUGGGCAUCUUGCGGAACAGGGCAGCGCUGCGGGGCAAGACGGUGCUGGACGUGGGCGCGGGCACCGGCAUUCUUAGCAUCUUCUGCGCCCAGGCCGGGGCCCGGUGCGUGUAUGCGGUGGAGGCCAGCGCCAUCUGGCAACAGGCCCGGGAGGUGGUGCGGCUCAACGGGCUGGAGGACCGGGUGCACGUCCUGCCGGGGCCAGUGGAGACGGUGGAGUUACCGGAGCAGGUGGAUGCCAUCGUGAGCGAGUGGAUGGGCUACGGACUCCUGCACGAGUCUAUGCUGAGCUCUGUGCUCCACGCGCGGACCAAGUGGCUGAAGGAGGGCGGUCUUCUCCUACCGGCCUCCGCGGAGCUCUUCGUGGCGCCCAUCAGCGACCAGAUGCUGGAGUUGCGCCUAGACUUCUGGAGCCAAGUGAAGCAGCUCUACGGCGUGGACAUGAGCUGCCUGGAGGGCUUCGCCACGCGCUGCCUCAUGGGCCACUCGGAAAUCGUGGUGCAGGGCCUGUCGGGCGAGGAUGUGCUGGCCCGGCCGCAGCGCUUUGCUCAACUGGAGCUGGCCCGCGCCGGCCUGGAGCAGGAGCUGGAGGCCGGGGUGGGCGGGCGCUUCCGCUUCAGCUGCUAUGGCUCGGCGCCCUUGCAUGGCUUUGCCAUCUGGUUCCAGGUGACCUUCCCCGGAGGGGACUCGGAGAAACCCCUGGUGCUGUCCACCUCGCCUUUUCACCCGGUCACGCACUGGAAGCAGGCACUCCUCUACCUGAACGAGCCUGUGCAGGUGGAGCAGGAUACGGACAUUUCCGGGGAGAUCACGCUGCUGCCCUCCCGGGACAACCACCGGCUCCUGCGCGUGCUGCUGCGCUACAAAGUGGGCGACCAGGAGGAAAAGACCAAAGACUUUGCCAUGGAGGACUGAAUGUUGCCUUUUCUCCCAGCUACCUCCCGAGGCGGCCAGACCUGCGUGGGAGAGGCGGGGG